AUGAAUACCAAGGAAUAUAUCAUAGAUGUGCUUCAACACCUUUACUUUCCUGUUCAGUUCAUGUUUGCCUCUGCUACAUUCAUACCCGGCACCAUUGUUUCCCUUCUCGCCUCUUCCAAUAUCGCCACUUUAAGUUCCGUCGACAAGUUCAAAGAUGCAUGGUUUGCACGGUUCUGGGCCGUUUAUGGACCUCGUGUUAGAGAGUCUGCAAGUACAAAUGCAGAGCCUAUGAUUAAAGCCGCUAGAGGUGUUGUACUAGACAUUGGUCCUGGUAGUGGCGAGUGGUUACAUGUUUUUGAUAAAUCAAAGAUCACAAAGAUUUAUGGUAUAGAACCAAAUCGUGAUCAUUAUGAAGCUUUGAGAAGGAGAAUUAAGGAGGCAGGUCUCACUGAUAUCUACGAGAUUGCCGAAUGUGGAGUUGAGGGGUUGACGGAAUGGGGCAUUGAAGAUGACAGUGUGGAUUCUGUCGUCACCAUUUUGUGUUUAUGUAGUGUUGGACAACCCGAGGAAAUGAUUAAGGAUUUGUAUAAGAAGUUGAGAAAGGGGGGUAUCUGGGCAGUUUAUGAACAUGUGAUUAAGGAUCAGGGACACUGGACUGACAAGUAUCAAUCUUUGAUCAAUGUCGCUUGGCCUCAUUUCUUGGGCGGUUGUUCCCUCAAGAGGGAUACGGAGAAGUCUUUGAGGGGAGUUGGAAAAUGGAGUAGGAUUGACUUGACGCAUCCUGCUACUGAGGCUCCUUAUGCUAUCGUUCCACAUGUUAUGGGAACGCUGGAGAAAUGA